AUGUCGCAGGACGAGAGCUUACAGUCGAAUUCGGAGUCGUCAAGCAGCUCCGCCAGCAACAAUUUCCCGUUUUACCAGGAGCAUUUUCCCGGCGAUCAUGACGCUAAUAUGACCGAACCGUCGUCCUGCAGCAGCCCGACGCCUGCUUUAGCACGAAGCGGCACCGUCAAGCGAGCCGGCGCUACUUUCCUGCAAAAGAAGGAAAGCAAAGAGAACUACAAUUUCUCAGUGUCCGAGGAUAGUGAUAGUGUGUUCUUAAAAGAUAAAUCUAACCCCGAUCCUGUGAACAAUCGAUACAGGCGCUCGUUAGACAGUACAUUUAGGAGAAGCUUAGAAUCGAUAUCGGAGCACAAAACGAAGCGAUCGUUCUCGCCCACGUGCACGCUCAGCUCGACCAGCAAGUGCAGCUCCUCGCUGGAGUCGUUCUCCUCCGAGGCCGAUAAUCCGCUGAGGAGCAGCGCGGUCGGCGCCAAAAACGAAGAGGGCAAAACCAUCCAGAGCCCGGCCUCCAGCUACUUGUCCUGGAUAGGCAGCGUCAGCAACGAUUUCGCCGCCCCCGCGAAACCGCCGGCCGAGCCGGCGGCUAAUAACGAAGUCGACAGCAAGGUCGGGGAAUGGAACAAUUUCUGGUUGAACUACAACAGCGCUAGGAGCAGGUACCUGUCGAGCGCUUUUCUCGGCACCGACGACCGCACCGUUUUGUUGCAGGGAGACGAAAUGUCGAAGAGCAGCAACAGCAAUUACAGGGACCUGCCCGAGCGGCCGUCGGGCGAGUACGUGCUGAUGACGCUCGACGAGGUGCACGAAACGUUGAAGUGCUCCAAGAAGAUCACGGAGAUUUUCCAAUCGGCCCUUCUCCGGAACGACCACGACUGCGAAAACUCCAAUUUCGAAACGUCUUAUUACUCGCAAUCGCUCUCCAGACAGAACUCAUCGAUAAGAGAAGACAACGCGUCGAUCUUCACGCCGGAGGACCUGAAGAAGGUGGCCAGGGAGCGAUCGGCCUCUUACAUAGUCACCACGCAGGACCUGCUCAACAUCGAGAAGCAGAAGGAGAUCAUGAAGCCGUCGGCGCAGUCGUCGAGCACGAGCUGCAUCAACGCCCUGCUCAACACCGGCGUCGCCGACAUAUUGAAGCGGAUGAUGAGCAAGCGUCGCGACAUGGUGACGCCCGACGACGUGUCGUCGGCGACGCGACGCAGCUUCUCCGAAUGGACGGGCAAAUGA